AUGCAGACGCACGCAAUUGCGAACGAUAAACCGACAAUACACGUACUGACUUCGUAUGCGGUAAGAGGGACGAAGGAAGACGGUGCACUUCCGUCAUUACGCGUGGUCCCGCUCACGCUGAGCGACAACGAGGGGAAACCAUGUGUGCAAGCGCUCUGGAGCGCGGUGCGUCUAAUGAGAGAGGGAACCAAUGUGCGAACGAUGAGUGAGAGACCGUUCGAGGCAAACGGUGGUCGAGGCACGGAAUUAUUCGCGCAGGCGGGGACGCGGGAUGAGGGUGAGGUGUUGAGAUUUGGCGUCGCGACGACGAGCGCACGAGACUUGGCACUAAAGGCGCUCGGACGCGGAUCAACGCGAGAGGUGAUGGAGGGCACGCCGUUCGAUCUCUUGCCGAGCUUUCCAGCGUUUGAAAAACGCGUGGCAUACGCCGAAAUUCUGAGGGAAUCGCUGUACGAGCACGCGCUCAGAGUCUUUGAGGAUAUGUUUGACAUUUCUCGAGUCGGGAGGAGCGGCAUCAUGCUCACCUCAAAGUUGGCACGCGGUUCAUGGGCAUGGACAGCCGUGAGCGACGCGGUGGCAGUUCUGGAUCAGUACACGUUAGACGUCGAAAUCGAUGAUGAGAACUCGGCACGCGUACUGUGCACGCUGGGACACGAGCUGCGCAGUCCUCUGAGUGUGCGCCAGAUUCUCGACGAUCCUUCGCUGAUGGAUUUACCAGAGGGCGCGGAAGUUGUCGCACUCGGUGGACCCCAUCUCCAAGGGCAGCUGUCUUACGCCAACAUCGGUGGUAAGAAGAUUGGAGAGCCUAGAGAGGACUUGAAGGGUGAUAGCUUGUUGAGUUACCACAGAAAUAGGUACCCAGCGCGGAUCGCGUUGUUGGAGCACGCCAGGGAGUCCGAUGAAUGCGUGCAGCUGGUGCAACCGGGGCGACCACCAGUGGCAUAUCCCGCCGAGCUCCUCUCGCCGGUGAUCAAGUUGCACAAUCUCGAUGCCAACACCCGAGAUGCCAUCGCGAGCACGUGCGCCGGAAUGCCCUCAGAUUUACAGCGGCGAGUGACCGCCGUUCGAUCCAUGCUUGGUCAACCAUUUGCGCCACUUAUGAACUUGGACGAGAGGAUGCAGCGGCUUGACAAUCAGUUCGCUGUGUCAUCGGGCGCUGAUACUCGACGAGGCUCUCUUGACACCGGCCCAGCGAUAAUGCCACUGUCAUCUUCUCAAAGCUCCCCUCUACCUCCGUUGUACUUACUUUUAGGUAGGUCUAUGCAAGGUAGUGAAGCGGCUGUGAAGUACGUUGAGCAUCUCGUCAAAGACGUCGAGUCCACUCUGAUCGAUUGGAAUGCGAGUGAAGACGUCAUUCGUGCGAUAAAAUCCGACCUAGCGUCGGCUGAGAUAUCGUGGUACGAUGAUAAAUCGAUUGGAUCGGCACGGAACGACUUGGCGCAGGCGUUUCGCGCGUCAAGGUCGGCGACAUUUCUUAUUCCACUCUCAACGCAGCUACCGUUCGUUGAGGCCAGCGCUCGGCAGGCGGGCUCAAGAGUAUCGUAUGCCUCGACUGUGCGAUGGGCCGCAGAUGAUAAUGACGCCAAGCGCAUUUGUUUCGUUCUCAUCGCUAGGCACGGGGGGCAAGCGACGGUGUGUAGGGACGCGAUUGUACCUGAGGACGCGUACGUCGUCGGUGCUGGCAUGAAGCCCGGCUUGCCCAUACUCGAUGCGUUCGGUCGAGUCAUCUCUCGGCAACACGGUGCUCCUUCGGGAGCGACGAUCACCAGCGCUGUGCGUACUUCGAUCGAUGCGGGAUUGAAGAAGAUUUCGGUUCAUCAUGCUGGAGAGUCCGAUGAAGAUGACAUUCGAAGCGCCACAGAGUUGGCUCACGAGAAUGACGUGUCCAUGUUAAGCCUUGUGGACGUCCUCGAGCACGAUUUCGGACGUGUCCUCGGAUGGAACAAGGACACCGGCUCGGUGGUACAACCAGAUCGAGGCUUUUGGUCGCCUCUGGGCUCGAACGACGCCGUUGCCGUCACCACCGGCAUGGAAUCCAAUCUUGCGCGUGGCGUCGCCAGGCCUCUUCGCAUCCGUCGCCGUCUAGGCGACGUUGACAUCGCGAGCUCGGUGAAUCAAAUCUUCCGCCUGUGUUUCGUAGACACACACUUCUUAAAAUCGGGCUCAUCUUUUAGGUUACCUCUAUCGCUUCGGUCGAUCGAUCCCAGCAGCAUCGACGUCGUCUUGGUGAGACCUCCAAGGUGA